AUGGGCGGCAUCCCCUUCACAUCGCGCGCCUGUGCAGCCUGUAAGAAGCGCAAGAUCAGGUGUGACCUAGAAAAGCCCGAAUGCUCUAGUUGCGUCAAAAGAGGGGGGACGCCUUGCCCCGGUUAUCAGGAUCAGGACUUCAUCCACCACAGCUUUGAGCCCCGGCGUGUGCGCAAUGCAGAGACCAAGCGACCUGGACCCCAGCGGGUCAGACAGCUCGAGUCCCUGGCUUUGCCUGCUUGCUUCAAUGUGAGUGCCGAGGCUCGCACCCAGUUGUUUGCGACCUACAUGCACACGUUCUUCGCCUCCAAUCCUUCCCUCAAUGGCAGGGUCGAUAGCUGGUAUCUGUUGAUGGCGCGCUUUCCAACCUUGACCGGCAAAUCAGACCUGCUGGAUCGAUCGGUCAUCGGCUUGGUCUCCGUGUAUCUGGGGAAGAAAACCAGGGAUGGUCGAUUGGCACAUCAUGGAUUUGAGAUCUACAAUAGUGCUCUCCAUGCGAUGCUACAGAUCUUGCAAGGCAAUCGCCCACCAACAGCUACCACUCUCUACUCGGCCAUUGUCUUCCAGACGUACGAGACUAUGGGACAUAGUGAGACGCUAUGGCGUAACUGUCUUACCCACAUACAGGGAGCCACGGCAAUGUUGAAACAACACGAGUAUACCCGAGGUGAUCAAGCCCUCAUCGACGCGAUCCUCCGGAGGCACAAGUGGGCGACGGCAAUGUUCACCCUUAACACUCCUUACAGCAUGCAAGUGGACGAGGAAUGCCUCAAUCUCGGACGCAAAGAGAGCCCCGUCGACGAGUUAUUCGGAAUAAUCGCCGAAGCCAUAGCUCUACGCAGAGAUCUAUGUAAACUCAUAGGACAGCCGCAUUACGAUCGGGAACACGCAUGCCACGCACUACUGCAGCGCUGCUUUAACCUUGAGGCACGUGUACACGUAGACUGGCUGCACAUGUCCGCUCACAGGUUGGACGGUAUACCUACUCCCUGUAGCAGGCGGAACUUGGGCCAGGAGCCCAGCAUGCUCCCCCUGGACCCAGAUCUUGCACCAUACAAUUUCGAAAGCCUCGAAGCAGCCAAGAUCUACCUCCUGUUUUGGGUGGCCUCCCUGGUUAUCCGUCGCGUGAUCUAUCAAACCGAGACGCACCUGAUGCGAGGCCCUGACCCGAGCCGCAUGGUGUUCUAUGCCAGGGAGAUUUGCCGCUCUGUAGCAUAUCUCAUGCAGCCCAAGAAUCGGAUGUCGUCCGGGCAAAUCCUCAUCCUGGGGCUAUCCCAGGCGUCCAAAUGUUAUAUCGACUGCAGGGACAAGGCUGAGUUCGAGUGGUGCCAGGCAAUCUACCCGUUCAUUGCCGCGAGCGGCUUUGGUAUCGCCAGUCUUAUGAACCAGAUGGAGUGGAAGUUCUGGAGUGCGGCUCAGAGCCAGCCAAGAGGAUCUCUCUUGUUAUUACCUGAGGCGGUACAUGUUAGUUCGAUAUGAGCGCACAUAGGCGAUAGUAACCCGACAUGACUCCCAUGCACCGCUGCAGACAUGGGAAAACAUAUACUAAUAUACUUAUACUAAUUGAACCGGUGCACUCCGAUUAUACUAGACAGGC